AAGAGGUGAGUGAUGUCAUGCGUGACGUUGAGGCUGCGUGCGGACAGGAGGCAGAGUGAUGUUCCGAUAAGCGUCCAGGUCAAAACAGAAACUUACAGGUGGAAGGUUCAGGGAAACGCCCUUCUAGGAUGGCCAGUGUGCUCUGUAAGAGAGCUAGGCUGGUGACCUACCUGCCAGGGCUUCACAUUCUAGUAAGGAGGAUCGCAGGAGCCAGAUGUUUCUCUGCUGCGGGGUCGUCAGGCUCUGAUGAGCCCUAUGUUGCCAUUACUCCCCUUGACAUAGGGCUCAGAACGGUUUGGCCGGAUGAGAAAAUGGGCCCAUUUGGACCCCAGGAUCAGCGAUUCCAGCUGCCGGGGAAUGUGGGGUUCGGCUGCCACCUGGAGGGCACUGCUGAUCAGAAGCAAACACCGGUGCACCGGCCUGUGCCAGACGUUUUAUCUGCUCCCUCAAGCAGCGAGCGGCACGAGUUUAUACUGGCCCAGUUCGUCAGCGAACAUCAGGAAAAAGAAGUCGCCCCUACCUCUGAACAGGUCAACAAAGCCGAGAAGUACUUUGAGAUGUCAAACGUUGAAUGUGCAAUACAGACCUGCCCCGUGCUGCUGAAGAAAGAUGUCGAGGCGAUGUUCCCGGAGGCGCCGGCCGGGACACAGACCGUGGUGACUGUGACGCAGAAGACGCAGCAGGACAUGACGGCGUGGUCGGAGGCGGUGCAGGUGGAGAGAGAGACGCUGCUCGAGAAGUUUGUCAGUGGUGCCAAAGAGAUCUGCUAUGCUCUCCAGACAGCGGGGUACUGGGCAGACUUCAUAGAUCCCUCUUCUGGGCUGGCAUAUUUUGGAUCUUACACAAACAAUGUACUGUUUGAAACUGACGAACGGUACCGUCAUUUAGGGUUCCAAAUUGAGGACCUAGGGUGCUGCAAAGUCAUUCGUCACACUCUUUGGGGUACACACGCAUUUGUGGGGAGUCUGUUCACCAACGCACCUCCGGAGAGCCUUAUCAUGAAGAAACUGCAAGGAAAUUAAUCGUAUUUAUAGGGGAGAUCGAGGCACUACGUUGUGUUUCAGUAUCCUUAUACUUGAUAAACUGGAUAUUAAAUAUUGUUUCUUGUGAUCGCCUCCUUUUCUUUUUAAUUUAUGGUAAGUCCUGCCGUGUUGGAUCUUUAAAACCCUAAAGCAAAAUUAUACCCCCUAUUAAAAAUUUAAACUUA